AUUUGCCGAAAUGACUAUAUCACAUAUUGAUAUUUGCAAAAUGGCUUUUUUAUUUUAAUUAAAUUUUAUAGUUAUUUCAUUUUUUAAAAUAUGAUGAUGUGGCAGGAUUUGUAAACAAAAUAAGGUUAAUAUGAAUAUAACAAAACCCUAAACAGCAACCUCACUCUUCGUCUUCCUCCUUUCUCUUUCACUUCUCCUCCAUUGAAGACAGUAUCCCAUUCUACAGUCAAAAGUUUGCCGGCGACGAGCUCCGGCGACCCUCAACGGCGACAAGAUUUUUUCUGAAAAUAUAAUGGAAGCAACAAUGGAGGAAUCAACUUCAUAUUGUCAGUUCUCAUCAAAUGAACAAAUUUCUAGAACUAUUUUGACAACAGAGCUUCCUUGUGUCCCGAGAGUUAUUAUGAAUGAGAAUGUUCAAACGAAAUCUAAAGUUACCAUUAGGUCUUCGAUGCAAAUAUUUGAAAAAAUAAAUUCUUGGUUAUCAAAAACUGACAAGAUUGUUUUUAGAAAAUACAGUCAGUUGGGUCAUUUGUUGGACCUCCCUUGGAAAGGGAAGUUUUGGGGGACCUUAUCGCACCAGAUAAUUGCAAGGAGGAUAAAUUGUCAAAAAAAGCAUGAGUUGUGGUUUUUGAUAAAUGGCAAACCUGUGAGAUUCUCUAUCCAAGAGUUUGCAAUAGUAUCUGGAUUAUACACUAGUGGCGAAUUAACUCCUAAAGAACUAAAUGUGGUUUCAUCAAACAACAAUUUAAAGAAUAAGUACUUCAAUGAUAGGUCUAUAAAAAUAGAGGAUGUAGCAAAUGUGCUAGAUAAUAUACCAAAAGAUGAGAGAACGAAAGACAGAGUGAAGCUAUGCUUUAUCUACCUACUAAGUGCAUUUCUGUUAAAUUCAAGUGUCGGUACCACAAUAGAUUUAUCUUGGCUACGACUAGUGGAUAAUUUGGAAAUAUUUGAUAAAUAUCCUUGGGGGAGGCUGGUAUAUGAGAAGAUUGUAGAUCAAAUUACUCGUGUAAAGUUCCAGAAAGAUCAUAAUGUAGAUAUGAUCAGGUGGAACUUCAUAUGUUGUCCUUGGAUAUUUCAGAUAUGGAUUUGUGAAGCAAUGCCGAAAUUGGGAGAAAUGAUUGGACAAAGAAUUCCAGGAAAUCAUAUUCCACGAUGGAUUGGUUGGAAUAUAAAUGUUAAGGUCCAAAAUAUCACAGUUGCAAGAAUAUCCAAAGUAAUAGAAGAAGAUGAUGAGUUCUUUGUGUGACCUACUCUAGUUCCAAGUGCGGAAGAGAAGGUACAAUUAUUCUAUGAAAGGCUUCAUAGCUAUGAAGACAAUGCAGAUGACAUUAUAGAUCAGAUUUCUUCAUUUUUAGGCGGCAAUGUCAUCCUGCGUAAUAAUCCUCG